GCAAUGACGACUACAUUUCACGAUGACGAACCAACCCGUGACAAUAGGAGCAAGCGCUAAGGCCAACAGUGACUACGGUCUCCAACUGAAUCGAUGGUUCCUAAAACCAAUCGGUGUAUGGCCGUCGUUUCCCUCUACUACGAGAUUCGAGAAGAUAAUUUCGAUUACAUUAAACGUCAUUUGCUACUCUUCGAUAAUACUCACUACGAUUCCUUGUUUGGUACGCAUGUUUUUAGAAGACGAGAGUAUUUAUUUGAAACUAAAGUCGCUAGGUCCCGUGAGUCAUUGGAUCGUCAGUGGCGCGAAUUACACUACUUUACUACUGCGGAGCAAAGAUAUACGUCAGUGCAUGGAACACAUGGAAGCUGACUGGCAAACAGUGACCAGAGAGAAGGAUCAAUGGGUGAUGCUAAAGAACGCGAAAUUCGGUCGCUAUGUAGCAGCUUCGUGCGCUAUUUUCAUGCAGAGUGGCAUUAUGUGCUUUAUUUUCGUCGCAGCAAUGGAUACUGUGGAGAUUCAAGUUGGAAACGAAACGAGGGUUUUACACGUGUUACCUUGUGCAGUAUACAAGAAGCUAAUAAACGUCGAUGAAAGUCCAACGAACGAAAUCGUGCUCUUUUUACAAGCGUGGUGUACUAUGAUUGCGAAUUCCAGUACAGUUGGAAUGUUCAGUCUUGCAGCUGUUCUAGCUGCUCACGCGUGCGGUCAGCUGAAUGUAGUUAUGGUAUGGAUCACUGAAUUCGUGAACGAACCGAAGAAGACAGAUGGUCCUAAGGGCAUAGGAGUUAUUGUGGAGCGACAUUUGAGGACGCUGAAUUUCAUUGGAUAUAUCGAGAAUCUGAUGAACCGGAUAUAUUUUUUAGAGAUAUUUAGAUGCACGAUGGACAUAUGCAUACUGGGUUACUACAUUCUUUCGGAAUGGGCUGAUCAAAACGUUCAAAGUCUCGUUACGUAUAUUAUGAUAUAUAUUUCAAUCGGUUUCAACGUUUUUCUAAUAUGUUACAUAGGUGAAAUAUUGACAGAACAGAGUAAGAAGGUUGGUGAAGUAGUUUAUAUGACAAACUGGUAUUACUUACCCGAUAAAACAAUCCUCGACUUGAUUUUGAUCAUCGCGCGAUCGGGUGUGGUCGUUCAAAUCACCGCUGGAAAAAUGGUUCACAUGUCUGUCUACACAUUCGGUGAUGUAAGUCAUUUUGAUCCUUUUAUUUACAUCUGUGUGUCCGUCUACAUGAAAUAUUCCCAUUUCAGGUGGUAAAGACCGGUUUCGCGUAUUUGAAUCUCUUACGACAAAUGACAUGAUUAAAUACAUUACUAAUUAAUUUUUUAAUUGUGUAACUUUUUGUAAACGAUAUUGUAAAAUUUGGAAUACAAACAAUAGCAACACAGAAUCUGCAUCUGGAAUUUUAUACAUUUAAUGUACAUAUACGCGUAUUUCAUAUUUCUUAUUUGUUCCUCUCAUUACUCAUUAUUUUCCUCGCAUUACUAUCUCCUCAAUUUCACAUCAAGAAUGAAAUUAUAUCGCACCAUUAACAUACUGAUUGUCACAAGUGAAUUUCCAAUGACGUCAUAGUGGCCACUGUUUACCGUCGAUACCAGAAUGGAAGUAUUUACAUUAAAUGUAUAAUUGUACUUGUAAUGUGAUUAAUACUUUUAGUGUCACAGUAAGUAGUUUUAUCAAUUUUGUUUUUAACACAGUUACAAAUUUUAUCUUGCAUAUACCAAAGGAAUAUUUCCAUUCCUUCAGUUUGAAAAUAGCAGCGGUACAAAUUAACACUUAUUGUUUCGACGCAAUCUUCCAACAGUCUAAAGAAUCGAUUUCAUAAAUACUUCCCUGCCUCGAACAAACCCAAUUCGAUCUCGUGAACCACAAGAAGCAUUGCGUGCUUCGAGCUCUUCGAUCCUUGCAAUUAUUCACAACCUUCUAAACCAACUCCCAAACCUACAUUUGUUGUCCUAUCACAAAUUCUAACAACUAGACAAAUCGAUCGGCUUUAAUAAUACCGAAAAAAAUUCGCGCAGGCGUUAAACAACUUCGUGCUGUUAUUCUCCUGUAAGAGUGGCAAUUCAAUAAUUACCGGGGCAGCCACAAUGAGCGAAUCCACGAUCAUGAAAGCGAACGCCAAAAGUCAUAGCGAUUACAGUCUAUAAAUAAAUCGGUGAAUAUUAAAACCGGUCGGUGCUUGGACAUAUUUCUCCAUUACGUCGACACACCAAGGCGUCAUUUCCUUAUUUUUAAUCGUUCUCUGCUACGUCAUUAGACUGUUCAACAUAAACCCUUGCGUCCCACUCUUAGCGCGCUUCUUCCAGAUCGCAGUACGACUUGGCGGAGAAACUUGUUUCUCUACAUUUGAUGACGCAGAGAAACUUCUUCUGGUCAGAGCCGCUUGAUGCGAUCUAUCUUUAAUAACCAGAUUUCCGACAGGUGAUCCCUUUAGAAACUCG